AUUCCCCAGGCACGGCUUCCAUGAAGGACGGCAAAUGGGAACGGAAGAAGUUCAUGGGAACAGAGCUAAAUGGAAAGAUCCUGGGAAUUCUUGGCCUGGGCAGGAUCGGAAGAGAGGUGGCCACCCGAAUGCAGUCCUUUGGGAUGAAGACUAUAGGGUACGACCCCAUCAUUUCGCCGGAAGUCUCGGCCUCCUUUGGUGUUGAGCAGCUGCCCCUGGAGGAGAUCUGGCCUCUCUGUGAUUUUAUCACUGUGCACACACCUCUCCUGCCCUCCACCACGGGCUUGCUGAAUGACAGCACCUUUGCCCAGUGCAAGAAGGGGGUGCGUGUGGUGAACUGCGCUCGGGGAGGGAUCGUGGACGAGGGCGCCCUGCUCCGGGCCCUGCAGUCGGGUCAGUGUGCUGGUGCUGCACUGGACGUGUUUACGGAGGAGCCACCGAGGGACCGCGCCUUGGUGGACCAUGAGAGCGUCAUCAGCUGCCCCCACCUGGGUGCCAGCACCAAGGAGGCCCAGAGCCGCUGCGGGGAGGAGAUUGCCGUCCAGUUUGUGGACAUGGUGAAGGGGAAGUCCCUGGCGGGGGUGGUGAACGCCCAGGCCCUUACCAGUGCCUUCUCUCCGCACACCAAGCCUUGGAUUGGUCUGGCAGAAGCUCUGGGGGCACUGAUGCGAGCCUGGGCUGGAUCCCCCAAAGGGACCGUCCAGGUGGUAACACAGGGAACCUCCCUGAAGAAUGCUGGGAACUGCCUGAGCCCCGCGGUCAUUGUCGGCCUCCUCAAAGACACUUCCAAUCAGUCGGAUGUGAACUUGGUGAACGCCAAGCUGCUGGUGAAAGAGGCUGGCCUCAAUGUGACCACCUCCCACAACCCUGCUGGGCCAGGGGAGCAGUGCUGUGGGGAAAGCCUGUUGACCGUGGCCCUGGUAGGUGCCCCCUACCAGACUGUGGGCUUGGUCCAGGGCACCACGCCAGUGCUGCAGGCGCUCAACGGAGCUGUCUUCAGGCCAGAGGUGCCUCUCCGCAGGGGUCUGCCCCUGCUCAUCUUCCGGGCUCAGCCGGCUAAUCCUGCGAUGCUGCCCACCAUGAUUGGCCUUCUGGCAGAGGCAGGAGUGCAGCUGCUGUCUUACCAGACCUCGAUGGUGUCAAAUGGGGAGACCUGGCACGUCAUGGGCCUCUCCUCUCUGCUGCCCAGCCUGGACGCGUGGAAGCAACAUGUGACUGAGGCUUUCCAGUUCCAGUUCUGAGCCCUAGGGGCUUUUCUGAAGAAAACCUGCCCACCGUGACCAACAAAGAGAGGAGAUCCACAUCUCUCGGGCCGAUACUGCUUACUCUGCAGACCUUAGCUGACCUCUGUAGAGCAGUGAGAACCACCCAAUAAAAAGCCUACCCCAGA